ACAAAUCAUUGGGGCCUGAUGGACAUGUCAGGAACCCAAGCCCUGGGAGGGGAACCGGGCUUCUGUCUCAAGUCCGCCUCCCCCUGGGGUCUCCGCAGGCCAUGCUCAGCCCCUGGGGAGCUUGGGUUCCUGUUCUGGGGGCUCGGUGACACUGCCGUGGCCGCUGUGUCUGCAUCGCCGCGUCAAGGACUUGAGCCUCAUUCGGCGGAGUAACUUCCGGGUGUGUUGUUUUGGAAACUUAAUCCAGUUGCCACUGGAGAGGCAAGAAUUCAGUUCUGUGCGUUUGUACUACUUAGUCCUCUGCAAAGUUUUGAGGUUUGGGGGAGGAUUCCUGCCUUUCUGCAGCUUCGGUUGAAGUGUGACUUUUGUGACCCUGUGGAGCUCACCCGAUGAAAACCGAGGUCCUUGCUCAGUACGAACGCAAAGCCCCGAGACGUUAGCACCAAAGAUCAGUAUUAUUUUAAGUUCAACUUUAAUUGAUUGAUUGAUUCAUUCAAGAUUUUAUAUUUUUAAAUAAUCUCUGCUCCCACCUUGGAGUUUGAACUCAACACCCAAGAGUCACACGCGCCCCACCGGCCGAGCACCCAGGUGCCCCGUCAGUACAGUUUGAAAGUAGACUUUCAUUCUCGUUUGCUUAAAAGUCUUGGUUUCAAAGCUUAAACCUAGAACACAGAAGAUAUAUUUUAGAAACGGACAGGAAGUCUGUCAAUUCAGUGAGUCCAUUGUUGCAGCUUUCCUGGCUGAAAGGCGUGUGAAGACAGCCCUCGGGCCCGUCCCUGGAGACCCUGCCCCAGGACGCUGGGCCGCAGUGCUCGGCCCCCCGGGAGCGGUGCGUGUCUGACGCAGGGUGACCGUGCAGGGACACACCAGAGGCCGGACCACCCUAGCGUGGGGUUUACAUCAGGCUCACCUCGCUGUGCCCUCCCGAGGCCACUGGUCUUUUCACGGCCUCCACAGCGCAGCCUCUCAGGCCGGCUCCUGUCACCUAGCAGCGCCGUGAGCUUCCUGCGGGCCUUUGUGUGUCUCAUAGCUCGUCUUUACCUCUGAAGGACGUCCCAUCGUAGGGAACGUACGCCACCUGCUCGCCUUUGGAAGGACUCGGCUUUCCACAGCGUCCCCGGAGCAGCGUUACCCGCUGCAGGGCUUGGGACCCUGGCGAAGUGACCGUCUCGUUCGGCGUCUUCUCCAGCUGAGCAAUGGCAACCCCGGAUGUGAGCGUCCACAUGGAGGAGGUGGUGGUGGUGACCACGCCGGACACUGCGGUGGACGGCAGCGGUGUGGAGGAGGUGAAGACCGUGCUGGUGACGACCAACCUGGCUCCUCAUGGGGGCGACCUGGCGGAAGACAGCAUGGAGACGGAGAACGCAGCGGCUGCCGCCGCGGCCGCCUUCACAGCGUCCUCGCAGCUCAAGGAGGCCGUGUUAGUGAAGGUGGCCGAAGAGGAGGAGGGGCUGGAGGCUGAAAUCGUGUACCCCAUUACCUGCGGGGACAGCCGGGCCAACCUGAUUUGGAGGAAGUUUGUGUGUCCCGGCAUCAACGUGAAGUGUGUUCAGUACGACGAGCACGUGAUCAGCCCGAAGGAGUUCGUGCACCUGGCCGGCAAGUCCACGCUGAAGGACUGGAAGAGGGCCAUCCGCAUGAACGGCAUCAUGCUCAGGAAGAUCAUGGACUCCGGGGAGCUGGACUUCUACCAGCACGACAAGGUCUGCUCCAACACCUGCCGCAGCACCAAGAUUGACCUGUCGGGCGCCCGCGUGUCGCUGAGCAGCCCCACGUCGGCCGAGUACAUCCCGCUCACCCCGGCCGCGGCCGAUGUGAACGGGUCUCCCGCCACCAUCACGAUAGAGACCUGUGAGGACCCCGGCGACUGGACCACGGCCAUCGCAGAUGACACAUUUUCCUUCUGGCGAGGGCUCAAGGACGCUGGGCUGCUGGACCAGGUCAUCCAGGAGUUCCACCAGGAGCUGAUGGAGACCAUGAAGGGCCUGCAGCAGCGGGCCCAGGACCCCCCGCUGCAGCUCCGAGACGCUGUCCUCCUCAACAACAUCGUGCAGAACUUCGGCAUGCUGGACCUGGUGAAGAAGGUGCUGGCCAGCCACAAGUGCCAGAUGGACCGCUCCCGGGAGCAGUAUGCCCGUGACCUGGCAGCCCUGGAGCAGCAGUGUGAUGAGCACCGGCGCCGGGCCAAGGAACUCAAGCACAAAUCUCAGCACCUCAGCAACGUGCUCAUGACGCUCACGCCCGUGUCCCUGCCGCCCCCCGCGAAGCGGCCUCGGCUCGCGAGGGCCACGUCUGGGCCAGCCGCCAUCGCCUCGCAGGUGCUCACCCAGUCUGCCCAGAUCGCCCUCAGCCCCGGCGUGCCCGUCUCCCAGCUGACUGGCGUGCCGCUUGGCAAAGUGGUGUCCGCCCUGCCCUCCGCCGCCCUGGGCAAGGGGCCCGCGCAGGCCGCUCCCGCCGGCUCGCCGGCCUCGCCGCUGCUUGGGGGCUACACGGUGCUGGCCUCGUCGGGCGCCACCUUCCCCAGCACGGUGGAGAUCCACCCGGACGCGUCCAGCCUCGCCGUCCUGAGCACGGCCGCCAUGCAGGACGGCAGCACUGUGGUCAAGGUGGUGAGUCCCCUGCAGCUGCUCACCCUGCCCGGCCUGGGCCCCACCCUGCAGAACGUGGCCCAGGUGUCGCCCGGGGGCAGCACCAUCGUGACCGUGCCCACGGGGGCUGUCGAGAGCGCCAUGGCCGCCUCGGGCCCCGAGGAGCACACGGCCACCAUCGAGGUGGCUGCCAUGGCAGAGGGCCGGGAGCACAAGUAGCCGGCGGCGGCGGACGAGGCCCGUCGUGGGCACAGGGCCGGCUCCUCUCCUCAGGCCACGGCCGGGCGCCCCGCGGGCCCCAUCGGGCCGAACCAAAGAGAGGAAGCACCAACCCAGAGGACGAGAAGGACGAUCGGCAGCUGCAGAGCCGUGCGGCCAGCCCUCCGCUCGGGGCCUCUGCCCCUUCUUUUUCGGGAAACAGACUUUUCCAUCUGUUGCUUAUUGACACCGUUUACACGUCAGGCCUGGUGAGGAGCCAGACAGGACGAGGAGGCAGAGCCGGGGAGCGGGGCGCAGACUCCGUGGUGUGGGGGGCCCCUGGGGGGGCCGGAGCCGGCUGGGGGAGGGGGUGUCACUAACACGUGUCUUGGGAACCGUCCCCAAGUGUGGAAACCCAUGGAUCCUAUGGAUUUGGUUUCUUCCCACAGUUUUCUGUAGGUUUAGUGUGGCCUGGCGCCCUGCUCCCCUGUCUCUGGUCCGCACGUGGCCCCGGUCUGGGGCUCCCGAGUGUUUGGGGGUUGGAGUGCGGAUCCCAGGGCCCCGGCAGCUUGAGUUUGCCAUCUGCCCGGGGUCGAGAACGGGGCAGCACCCCCCCUCCCUCCGCCCAGCAGGUGCUCAGCCUUCUGGGGGCCGUUGCACAAGCACUGUGGGUGUUUUUAAGUGAAUUGUUUAGUAGGCUUCUUGGAAGAGUCAGAUUUAUAGCAUUUUCACACUAAACAAUGCUGAGUGCCUAGGCUUCCCGAAUUUGCUCUGGGUUCCAGGUGUUUUGUACAGGACUGUAGGGAGGGCCCUCGGGUGACCGUGCCACCAGUUCCUGCUGUCGGCUGUGUAAGCUCCGGCAGGCCCCCAGGGCAGUGUGACUGUGGCUGUGGUCCCAGUGGUGGGGGGGCAGGGUGCAAGCAGAAGUCAGGAGCGGAGGAAGAUUUUUGGGGGCUCGGUAUCGACCCCUGUGCUCAGUCCGCUGGUGGGGCCACUGUGACAGCUUGGCCCCUGGGCUCCCCAGGACUCCCCCACCCCCACCACACUGGCUGUCGCUAGUGUCCGAGGGCACGUGGGGGACCCAGGAUGCCCGCUGGCAGGGCCAUCGUGGGCUGUCUGCAGGUGUGACUUGGGACCCAGGAGGAAAACCAGGCAGGGGGCUCCUGCAGGCCUGGCGCCCUCGCCCAGCCCUCGCCCUCGAGUGGCAGGUUCCCGGGGCUCCCCCCCAACCCUCCAGUUCUGAUCCUGCUGAAGACCUUGUUUAGGGGAAGGGGAGGGGGCUCCAGAGACCAGCCACUGCCCCCACUCCGUGCUUUGAAGGGAACUGGGUUGUUUGUCCAUCCUUCCAUCUGUCAGGUGCCCCAGAACUACCUGAGCAGGUCUCGGCCCCCGAGUCAAGCCACGGAGGUGGUUUCUUUCUGUUUUCUUUCUGUUGUGAACCAGUUUGUUGUCAUGGGUCAGCGGGAUCCUCGCUCCUCUCCGCUGAGUCCUGCCUCCUGCCGCCUUCGGCAGUGUGGCCCCACGGGCGUGGGCGCGGCCCAGCUGGGCCCGCCCCCCUGCACCAGCCCAGACCACAUAGGAAGCCGCGUGGUUGAUUAAACCGCGUUUUGCCCUUGGAGCCUUUGUCAAAGUCAGGCGCACCGCCCCCUCCGAAGCUGUCGCCCCGCCCUCAGACCACAGGGCGCCGGAGGGGGUCCACGCCCAAGCUUCAGAAGUGACCGUGGCCCCUCCCCCUGCCUGGCACCUGUGCCUCGGAGGCCUCCCCACCCCAGGAGGGCGAGGUCCCCCUUCUAGUCCCCAGGGGACAGAACCUGGGGCUGUGUCUGGCGGGCAGGGUUGUGCGGCUCAGAGGCUGGCUGGGGCAGGGAAGCAUCCGGGUUCUACUUUGUACGUUGUUUUGCAAGUAUCUGCUUGGUACUUUGAUUUAAAGUAAAAACAUUUUUCGUAA